AGAUUAUUCUCUCCCUCAUCAACGUGUUGCCUCAGCAGAAGCCAGUUGUUGGUAAGUAACAGCACCGUCUCCAUUUUGUCCUGGUGUGGUUCUUCUUGUCCUGAAGGUAGUUGAAUACGAGGCGUGGUUCAGUCUGUGGAGCUUUACUUCUAGUUUCUAGUAAUACUGUACAUCUUGAAAAAAGUGAUAACAUGGGGGAGAACUCAUUUAUUUCAAUAAUGUCAGCCGAAAGAUUUCAUGGUCACAUUUAGAUAAAACUCUAAAACUCUAAAAUGUUCCCCCUCCCAACUGUCUCCUUCCCAGCUAUGUUGUCCUGCAUAUUUGGGCUGCGUUGUUGCUUGUUUGGAUACCUCACCAUUGCAGAUAUGGGCUUGUCGGUAUACCUGGAGAGACUGGGUGACCGAAAAUCACCUUUUCAUCCGGCAAAAAAACAAUAUAACAAUACAGUAUAUAACUGCAAUUGGUACUGGCACAAUAGCCUUGCCAACCUUGUUAUUUCCACUUGAUACUCUGAAUAAUCCAGGAAGCAAAGUUGUAAAAUAAUACCAUUUGUUGGAAGGUAACACCUCCCAAUUAUGUGCUUCUUUCCCACCACUCACACUCUUCUUUCCCACGUCCCUCCCUCCCUCUCUCCCUGGGUCUCUCCGUAAGAACCUCCCUCCUCUCCCUCCCUCACUUCUCAGUGUUCUCCAGACGAGCACACAGCUCCAACUUCACAGUGAGAGCAGAGCAGGUUUCUACAGGACCUAAAGACUCACACGCCCCUCACUGAAUUACUGGAGAUCAGAUCAGGCGACUCUCCUUAUCUGUCCGGCCAAAGAAGACGCAUCAAGACAGAGCCAUGAGGUGAUCACUCUGUCUCGCCGAGUUGUUCUUCACCUGCAGUCAUGAGAUUUUGUGAGAGUGUGAGGGGUCAGAGGGGUCAGAGGGGGCAGGGCGGCGCGGGGGCGUUCAGGGCCGCGGUGGCGGUGCUGCUGCUCAGCCUAGCCCAGUCGGCCCCCCCACAGACUGCCUGUCCUGCAGCUGUGGCCCCGAAGAGCCUCACCCAGCCCCAGUACCAGCACACGGCAGAGGAGGACACCAGUGUGGGCUUCAUGGCCGCUCUGGUCCAGUCCUUCCUACACACAGUCCAGCCUUACCCCUUUCCUCAAGAUCUAAUCCUGAAAAUAGUCAAGGGUUUUGAAAUGCAGCUAAAUCAAGAAAUCGUCAAAGAAGUCCUGGUGUAUGAAGUGGGGUUCCUGGUGUGUGCAGCCAUUGGCGUCCUGUACAUCGUUCUGAUGCCUAUAGUCGGUUUCUUGUUGGCAUGCUGUCGCUGCUGUGGCAACUGUGGUGGGAAGAAGUACCAGAAACAGACAUCCUCCACUCACUGUCGCAGAAGAACUCUCUACUGGACUGCAUUCGUCACCACAGUCAUUCUCCUGGCUGGGAACAUAUGCAUGUUCAAAAGUAACGAAGCCAUCAAAGUGAGUGUGGACCAGAGCCAACUGGAGCUUAACAAAUCUAUAAACAACAUUCACUCCUUCCUCACUGCGGUGCCUCAGCAACUUGACUAUGUGGUGAAUGUGAGCUACGUCACCAUACAGAAUGUGUCCAGCAAUCUGGACGAUAUUGGACCUCAGUUGGGAAGAGAGAUCAAGGCGCAAAUCAGAGGAACCGUGGACCGAGCGCGGCACUCGGUGAGACUGCUGGACCAAGAGACUGUAAAGACCAACCUCCAACUGGAGCGUCUGAACUCAUCUUUGGCCCAGCUGCAGUCCAGCAUGGACCACCUCCAGGCCAACCUCACCGCGAUUCAAAAUCAAAUCAAUACCACUCUAUCCAACCGAAACUGUCGUGACUGUAACGACCUGAAGCCUUUGCUGCAGACCCUAACGGUGGACACCUCCAUAACUCCGACGUACGGCGUGGCUGCGCCGCUCGGAACUCUCGCAGACUACACAGCGUAUCUGACACUGCGUCUGACAACUUACGACGCGUACUUGACACGCUCGCGAACACCACCAGAUUGA